AUGGGGCUCACCACGGGGCCAAACGGAGCUUGUGCUGCCCCUCAGAAAAGCUUGCGUCGAGUUUGGCAGCGGGGUGGUCGUGGUUCAAAGGUGAAGCAUCGGGGCGGCACAAUGGAGGGUGAGCAGAGCACUCCUGCCUCCAGUGCCAGCAGCAGCACAGGCACCAAUACCUCCACCACAAACUCCGCAGGCACCACCAGUGCCUCCACUGCCAGCAUUGUCAGCUCCACCAGCAGCAGCACGAGCAGCGGAAGACUGGCCAUUCCACAGAUAUCUGUAUACAGCGGUAUACCUGACCGACAGACUGUACAGGUGAUCCAGCAGGCUCUACAUAGGCAGCCCAGCACAGCAGCGCAGUACCUGCAGCAUAUGUAUGCAGCUCAACAGCAGCAUCUGAUGCUGCAAACGGCAGCUUUACAGCAGCAGCACCUCAGCACAGCACAGCUCCAGAGCCUCGCAGCAGUGCAGCAGGCCAGUUUAGCAGCCGGCAGGCAGAGUUCGAACCAGAAUGGGACCUUGUCUACCCAGAGCGGGUCAUCACAGACCACAAUUAAUUUAACCACGUCCCCUGCUGCUGCUCAGCUGAUCAGUCGUGCACAGAGCGUAAACUCCACCCCCUCUGGGAUAUCCCAGCAAGCUGUGUUGCUAGGCAACGCCACAAGCUCCACCCUGACAGCCAGCCAAGCUCAAAUGUACCUGCGGGCCCAGAUGGCUCAGCAGAGUAAUCUUGUGCAUGUAGCCAGGAGUCUGGGCCGAGCCGUCCCUCUGUCCCCUCAGCUGAUCCUGGCUCCUACAGCUACAGUAACUGCUCUACAGUCUGACACUAAUACAGCCAAUAACACACAGUCUGCCUCUGCACAGGUGCAGAACCUUGCCCUGCGCAACCAGCAGGGGGCGUCUUCCACCUCUCAGUCCUCAGGCCUGCAGGCACUGAGUUUAAAGCAGACCCCCGUCUCCAUUCAGCCCACCCCACUCAUCAAAACACCCAGCCAGAGUGCUUCCAGUUCAGACACUGGGAAAAGCAAUGUGAACACUGCUUCCGCGGAUGGAGUGAAGAAGGGAGAGGAAGGGCAAACAGAGAUCAAAGCAGUUAACAUGAGUCGUAAUGUUUCCUCGUCACAUCCCUUACUCGCACCAGCAUAUGCCCAAAUCCAGCCGCAGGCCCUGAUUAAGCAGCAGCCGCAGCAGUUUGUCAUUCAACCCCAAGCCCCACCCACCUCAAGAACCCAGCCUCAGUUACUGCAGACCGUCUCGGUCCAGCCCCACCAACAGACAGCCUCACUGGCCAUCCAGAGCUCCACCCAGACCACAUCGGUAGCAGGGAUCAUUCCAGUUUUGCCUAAACCAGCACUUCACAACCAAGGAUCGGCUCAAAGUCAACAGGCCACCAUCUUCCAUUCAACUGUAAGCCACCAUGCACUUGCACACACAGGCCUGGCCCAUGCUAAAGCUCAACCGGUCCAACUGACAGCCAUCAAUCUCCAAAUCCAACCAGCACAAAGCCAGAGUUCAAGACUUGAUCAGGAUGACAAGGAGAAGCCCACCUCUUUGGUGGUAAGAGAGCUUUGUCCCCCAGUACAAAUGCAGCCAACCACUACGACCCAAGGCACUGACCCCCCUGAACAAUCCAAAGCCGAUACUGUUAACACUACAUCUCAAACUCAAGGCUCUGUGGAGACAGCGCGCGACCCCACGGGAGCACCGGUGACACCGACCAUGACCUCGGCAGCCUCAAGCGAGCCGCCUCCAGCAGCUGUGACGGGAAGUGUGGCACAAAACGGCGAAAACAAGCCACCUCAAGCCAUAGUGAAGCCACAUGUCCUCACGCACGUCAUCGAGGGUUUUGUCAUUCAGGAGGGAGCUGAGCCAUUCCCUGUGGAGAGACCGCUGGUGCAAGCAGACAGCCCCAAGAAACCAGACACGCAGCUUCCCUCAGAUCCAGAGAAAACGGCCAGCAGUAAUUCCCUCAGUGCCACAAACUCAGACAUGGAGGAGGCUGGACAACAAGACACGAGGACUCAGGAGGAAUCGGAGGAACCCAAGCUCACAUGUGAGCUCUGUGGAUGGGUCGAUUUUGCCUACAAGUUCAAACGUUCAAAACGCUUCUGUUCCAUGGUCUGUGCUAAAAGAUACAGUGUAAGUUGCACGAAGCGGGUUGGUCUGUUCCACCCCAACAGAACUAAAACAACCAAUCAGAUAAAUCAGUGGAGAAGGAGGAGGUCUCAUAGUCCCAGAGGCAGGGAGGCCAAAAAGCAGCGGCUCUCUGUAUCUCAGCAAUCUCAGGGAGAAUCUAUAUCCUCACCUCUCCAAUCUCAGCCUAGUCAAGGAGAGUCCAGUCCCUGUUCGGAUAUCUCCAGUUAUGAGGAUGCAACAUCCCCCCUCUCUGCAGCCAGUUCUGGCCCAAUUGUUUCUCAAGGUGGGGUCACUGUUAACGAUCCCGAAGAGCUUCCUCUCCUCAGUCAGCACUUCCUGCCAUGUGACCCCACCAAAUGGAAUGUGCAAGAGGUUUUUGAGUUCAUUCGCUCUUUGCCAGGUUGCCAGGAGAUUGCAGAUGAGUUCCGUGUUCAGGAGAUUGAUGGACAGGCCAUGCUGCUACUGAAGGAAGAUCAUCUAAUGAGUGCCAUGAAUAUUAAAUUAGGACCCGCCCUCAAGAUCUUCGCUCGCAUAAACAUGCUGAAAGAUUCCAAACCUUGAAAAGGCAGUGUGUGUGUGUGUGUGUGUGUCCUCUGAUGUCACUGACCUUGACCUAGUGACCACAGCACCCCAACUGCACUACAAAAUUUUUAAAAUAAUUAAUAACUAAACAUUUUAUACAUAUUGGGGCUAAAGCCUAAAACUGCACCUCCUCAAGAAAAGAACUGAAAUUAAUUCAGCUGAAACAGAAAAUGACCCGACUACCUAUGAAAAAUCGCACAAAUAGUGACUUUAUACCAAAUGGAAGGCAUUAUGAAACAGUGAUUUGGAAUUCUGACUGGGUUUCACAGAUCACUGGACUUAACUAGUAGUAGCGGUGCUUAGAAGAAAUCUUUGGAUAAUAUACGUGUAACAGUGCAGUCCAACCUGAACUAAAAUGAUCAUGUGGUUUCACAAUCCCACAUCUCGGCUCAGAUAUCUCUGGAUUGUACAUUUGUUGUUUUCAGGUAUGAUUUUGUCUUAUUGUACAUGCCAGAUGCUUUUGUACAGUCAGAUAUGUUUAAGUAAAUUAUUCUUACCUUUGUAAGUAUUUGUAACGGAGUUGAAUCACAACAAACUGGUGCGAUUUCACUCUCGCAUUUACUUUAAGACUUGAAUAACAGAAGCACAGUAACAGAAUAUUCAACUUUAAACCUGAAAACCAACCUGUGAAAAAUUCCUGUCAACAGCGCCUUAUUCAAUGUGUGUCCGUACAGACACUGGUUUUGAGAUGCACAUUAAAUUGUAUUUGUCUUGGAUAUUGGGAAUGACACUAUGUUUGGUUUUAAUUGUGCCCAGAUUUGUCAUUGUAUGUUGCUAGAAAGGAUUGUGAUGAUGAAUUGUGUUUUUUGUACAAUGCUUUGUGAAAUGCCUGUAUUUAUCAGAUGAUAUUUGUAAUAUAACAUUUUUAAUGAAGGAUUUUCAUGUCAACUUGUUAAAUUUUUUGACCCUAUAUCACAU